AUGAUAACCAAGAUAGCAAGUUGCGUGAAUCAUCAAGCGAGAAGCAAGACCACCGAGGAACAAGCCGUUCCUCCUCCUGAUCUACCGUUCCCUGAGAAGGUCUAUAAUGUGUUGAAGUUCUGUGAAGAGAAUGGCAGAAACGACAUUAUAUCCUGGGUGAACAACGGCGCAGCCUUCCAAGUGAAUGAUUUGCCAGAAUUCUUACGAGACUUUCUUCCCAACUAUUUCAACACCAAGAAGUAUGCCACUUUUACUCGAACGUUAUGUGCCUAUGGUUUUACUUGUGUUCGCACAGGAAGACACACAGGGAUCUAUUCGCAUCCAGCCUUCAAUCGAAGCGAUCCGGUUGCGCCUUCUCAGAUGAGGAGAAUACAGAAAAGCAAAAGCCACGAGGACGACUACUAUGAGCCAAUAAUACCGGAGUGGUGCAGUGCACGAGGAGUGCCGCCCUUCUUCGAGCCAAGAACCAUUCAAGAAAUGAGGAAGAAUCCAGUUGACUUGAACCUAUGGUACAAAGUGCUGUCAAUCAUCCCAUCACCAAGCCUUCAAGCUAAAAUUGAUUUUUUCUCACCUUUAUCGGUGCCCCUCAGCUGGUAG